CAGCAAAUGGCCAGCGACAUCGAUUCUGGACCUUCUUACAUCAUCUUCAGGGUUAGCAACCCUAAGAUAUAGCCAUCACACCUACUAUCUUCACCCAACUCAUGGCACGAUUACGAAGCGCGCGCUCUGUUAGCCGGAAGAAUUCUCCCAUUUCACCUCCCAGACCAUCAUCUUCAUCGGCUCUCCACGCCCAACCGACCUCGGCCCAACAGCCACUGCGCGCACGAAGUCACGACAUCACUGGCGCCCAUCAACAAUGGCAACAUGUUGUGCAAGGGCUAGGUACAGUGGGCGAAGAACCAGAUCUUCAACAGGACACUCCCCAUGAUUCAGCGUCCAUUCAAUUUGGGUCGGACACGUCACGGAAUACCGAAGACGACCUCGAGGACCUCGAUCGAGAUGCGAUUAUUGAUGUCCUUGCCGACCUCUACGACGACUCGAACAAUGUCUUUGCCCUAUUUGACAACCUCAAUGACAAUUCUCUCCACAGCUACUGUGACGCCCUGUGGAAGCAACACUCUUCUCCACGAUUGCGAUUUCGUCGUCGCGAGGCGCAAUUUCUGGGUGGUCUGGAGACAUACGGCACCAGCGACUUCAUUCUCCCCGAGCUGAUUGUCUUGAAGAUUGCAGGAAAAGUCAACAUCCGUGAUGUGGCUGUAGGCCCUGCCCUCCAAACCCUUCCGAUCAUCUACAUUGCGAACCUCUCAUCGGCGAUUCUUCACGUGUUCAGCCUAUUGCCAGAACACCAAGCCACGUUCACACAACACAUAUACAAUGAUAUGUGUCACGAAGACGAUGAUCUCGAUGAACGUGUCCCAUCCGCGUUUGCAGGUCCAAAGCACUAUCCGCUGAGCCCAAAGUUAACAGAUGAUCUUAUCGACCUUAGUGUUGACGUUGUUACUCAAGUCUUCAUACAAGAAGCCCAGGAGAAGCUCGCCUCAGAAAUAUAUUUUGACCCGGACAAAUUGGCCAAAAAGGUCUUCUGGGACGAGCACGAUCAUUAUCAGGGCUAUUCAUCAACAAAGACGCGGCCUAAAGCCAUUCAACGCCUCAGUUCAGUAAGGAAGCACUUCAGGACUGAUUCGCAGAAGCCGCUUGAUCUCGAUGGGCUUAGGCAAGAGUUUCCUUGGCCGGACUUUGCCUUAAAGGUCUUGAAAUGGUCACUGGCACGCAAAGCAGAAUUAGACAACUUGGUCCGGGGAUUAGGUGGUAUCGACACGAUCAUUGACGCCAUCAAGUCGAUUGACAUCGCUGACCUCGAGGAUGCGAAGAAGUUAGCCGACAUGGCAGCUACAACAUCGGCGGAUUAUGUCGCCGCCGCGACAGAGCAGAUAUCGCCUGUAGUCACGACGGAACGGCAAAGACCCGCGACAGAUGCCGGUAGACUGAGGGAGUUACGAGAGAGGCUUUCGGCCAGGAUAUCUGAGGCCAGCAUUGAGCAACCGAACAGCUCUCCACGAGGGAUCACAAGUGGAUUCCAAGCCGUCAACCAACGAGAAAUACCACAGUCCCCGUCAGUAGCAGAGGAUAGUGGAGAGGAUGACGUUGAAGGUAUAGUGCAGGAGGCUGUAGAGGUCGUUGAAGAAGCUGUACAAUCCGGAGAUGUUGAUGACAAUGCUUCGUAUCUUCUCCAUGAAGAUGAGGAACCAGCUGGGCCCGAUUGGUUGUGUAAAGACCCCACACAGGAAAUCGAAUCAACACAGCAGACUCGCAUGGUGCUGUCCGUUCUUCAGGGUCAACAAGAACCGAAUGGCCCAGAGAAUAGACGGCAAGGAGAAGACGGCACCAGCCAACCACAUAAACGAUCUUUCCUCGAUCGUCAGCCCAACGCUCACAAGGUCAAUUUCACCGAAGCUUCAGAUGACGAAGACGCGGCGAACCCUCCCAAGCCGACCAAAAGGCCCCGACCGAUCGAACGUGAAUCCGAGUCUGAAGAGGAGGAGUUCCAACUCGAUACAAGGCCACCUCCGAAGAAGGUCCGGUCUGACGGACCCCAGGGUCGUCAGCUUCCCUGGGACAGGAGUUCGCGACGAGCUCCUUCUUCAAACGUGAGUGUCGUGGUGCCCUCGAAACCGACGGGCGGUCGUGCCACAAGCACACAACCGCGGUCCACACGCGCGAGCGCUCAACCGUCCGGGCAACGCAUCAGUGUCGAGAUUGAGAAGGGUGCCCCGGCCGCCUCCCACGGAGCCCCUCCUUCCAGCGCGCCGCCUCCUCGACAUGCACAGUCCUCGAGUCGCUCUCGUCGCGACACCUCGCCGCCUUUCCCCGACGUCCGCACCGUCAACGCCGAAGCCAAACGCAACACCCAACUCAGCCGGGCACUCCGCGGCGGUGCCGCCGUCCAGGUCCGCAGAGGGUGGACGGAAGCCGAAACCCACCGCCUGAUCGAGUUGGUCGAGUUGGUCAACGGGCCCCUUUGGGUCCGAAUCCAGGAGGAGGACUUUGCGCACGCCGAUGGCCCGGAACUGCGCAAUCGAGAUCAGGUUGCUCUGAAGGACAAGGCCAGGAAUGUGAAGAUGGACUUUCUCAAGGCACGCCGACGCCUUCCCGCCGGGUUCGAAAAAGUCAGUAUAGGGAAUCGGAUGGUCGGCAAAUUGCGGGAAUUGGGCAUCGACUACGUCGAGGGAAGGUUUGAAGGUACCUACGACGACGACGACGAGGUGGAUUAGCGAACUGGGUCAGUUGAGUGUGGCCUACAACGGACCACGUGGAUCGAUGAUUGUAUACGCUUUUUCUUUUUCAUUUGUUUUUCGCCAGGGGAGUGGUUUGUUUAAAGCGUUCA